AUGCCGAAUAGGAAUCCAAAAUAUGAGAAGAUCAGACAGAAGCUAAAGAAACUAGAGGAAAUGAUAGACGGAACCUCAUCAUCUGAAUCAGACAACGAAUAUCGAUCGCAUUAUAAAAAGAGAUCAAGACACCGAUACAGGUCUCCUGAAAUUGACUCUAGCGAUAGUGAAGAAGGGCAUAUAUUUGACCAAGAGCAAGACCAAGAUGCGCUCGAGGACCGUUCAGCUUCCACAGUGGAUAAUCGAGAGAGAGAUAUUUCUUCUCUUUUGAGAGAGAAUCCCGCUGAGACAAAUUCCACAGGUACCCCAUUGGAUCCUGAGAUUUUCUCUAGGUGGUCGAAUUAUCUAUCAGUUGGUUUGGAUAAGGAGACUAGAGAUAGGCUAAUGCAGAAAGUGGCAAAAACUGAUGAAUCAAAAAUAAAUAGACUAUUAUUUGGUGAUAACUUCGGUGAACGUUGCAAAGCUGCUCAGUCUGUUCAGAAAUCCUCGUUCGAUUUGAAGAAAAAGCCAUACCGUCAUCAACCAAACGCCAAGAUGAAGACAUACAGCCGGGUAUCAACCUCCAAGAAAAGAUUCGAAAGGGAGCAAAUGAAGAGCGAAGCGAAGAUGCAGGGUGCGUCGCGUCGAGUCAUCAGAACAUCUAAGUGCGUGAAAUGCUAUGAGAUUCCAUUCUGUAAUCGCCCUAUUCAGUAUCGACCUCAAAAGGCUGCUGUUCGAUCUGAGACUGAACAAAGGAAUUUGCAGACCUGUAUUAUCAAAAUGUUGAGCAGUGGUGCAAUUGUUCGAUAUAACCAUAAAAAAGGUGAAUUUUUGUCAUCAUAUUUUCUGGUUCCAAAACCCAAUGGAAAUUUUAGAGGAAAAGAUAAUCAGGCACGGUAUCACAUAGAGAAGAUGAUGAAUCAUUCGGAGAUAAAAAUUCGAGAAUUUUCAGAAUUUAUCGGAUUCAUCGUUUCAAUUCAUCCAGCAUUUAAGUAUGGGUGUGCCCACACAAAAGUUUUCGAAAAAGUUGAAUCUAAGUAUCAAUUGAGAAACAAUCAUAACUAUAAUGUCAAGAUGAAAGUUGAAGCAGGUAUGAAAUCUGAAUUGGAAUGGUGGUUAUCAAACGCACAAAAACCAUCAAAUUCAAUAAGAGGUGCGUCUUUUGACUUGACAAUUUACACCUAUGCUUCUAGAAGCGGAUGGGGAGCAGCUUGUGGGUCAUCAAGGGCACAUGGAUUCUGGAACGAUUCUGAGAAAAAAUUACAUAUCAACUCACUUGAACUUCUGGCGACAUUUAACGCUCUCAAAUGCUCUGCGAGAAACAUCAGACCAGGCGGCAAUGUCCUUCGAAGAGUCGACAAUACAACAGCAAUCGCAUACAUAAAUACGAUGGGAGGUACCAGAUAUUUCGCCCUAAAUCAGAUUGCAAAAGACAUUUUUUGGAAAUGGUGUGCAUCAAAAGAUAUUUUUAUAUAUGCUUCUUAUAUAAAAUCAGAAGAGAACAUUGAUGCUGAUAGAAAAUCGCGUUCAAUGAAAGUAGAUACAGAAUAUUCCCUAGACAUAUGCAAAGUGUUGUAG